AGAGUUUCCUCAGAGAAACAUGAGCUCACAAGUUCCAGGUUUUCUGCACUUUUUAUUUGUAACACUGGUAACAUCUCACCUCCUCAAUACGAGGUGUAAUGGCAGUCGCCAUUAUGCUUCUCCUGGACGUGUUGUCCUGUACCAAUCAGUGGCAACAAACUCGCAUGACAGCAACAAUCAACAUCACGGCUGGGAUGACAGGCCCAUUAGAUGGCCAGACAGACAACAGCCCGAGCCACACAAAUAUGCUCUACACAACCGUGAUGAUGGAAUCCUGUUCAGGUGGAACUACGAUGUCAACAGACCAAUUCAUCCAACUACCACACAUGAAGAGGAUCACCACUACAACACACCACCACUACCAUACAAGCAAUAUGAGCAAACAAAUGCAAGACAUCCUACGUUUCAACUAGUGAACUCUGAGCAUCGAUUUGGAAAUCCACAAAUUGUUCAUUUACAUCACCAUCACCACUAUUAUGACACAUCUAUUAAUCCUCUGAACGCAAAUUUUGGGCGAGGAGAAAACCUCAGCCAACCAAUAGAACCAGAGAUUUUGUACAAACAUAUAUUUCAGUUGAGUAAGAGUCAUCAUGAAAACAACCAGCAAAGUUCAAAUCUGGCACUCCAAACUGCAACUGCAAUGCCAAGAUCUAAGGAAAAGACAAACAUCACUCCAGAGAUUCCACCAUUCAGACCUUCACCACAGCUGCACCAGUUCUCAGAGCCUGAUCCACUUUUUCAUCCUAACAAAUCAGUAUUUCUAACACAUCCUACACCUAUGACAACUGAGCCUUCUGCAAGCAUUACCAGUACAACAGAAAAACCAAAAGUGAUCAAUAUAUAUCCUGAUUCAAUUAACGCUCAGCUUCCACCAUCAGAAAGCCACAUUGACACUGUUAUACCUUAUAUUUCGGCAGCAGCAGCAACUGCCAGCAAGGCAUCGGCUGCCAGUACAACUCAAAGGGUAACUUAUACAUCAGCUGAAGAAAGUUAUAUUACAGAUGCUCUCUCUACCACAAUGCACAUGGCAGCAGAGACAACAACUGCUAAAAAUGAUUUUAUGGAACAAAUGGUAAUGUUUCAACCACAUAUGUUACAAGAACCUAGUAUACUUUCUCCAGAAUCUUUGUCACAUCAUCAUUCUAACAAUUCAGAUUCUUCGCAGCAAGUGGUUAUGCCAGUAACUUCAAGCACAAUACAACUGAACAGCCAAUUACAAAAAAUUAUCCAACAAUCUGAUGAGACAGCACCACUAGAUGAUACCGACUCACCAUUUACAGUUGUACCUUCAUCACAAAGCGAAUCUGAUACUUCAACAAACAACUCUGACAAUGUAACAGUGAUACAAAAAUCUGACAACAAUGAUAAUCCAAAAGGAAUUGAAAGUACUAUCACAAUUCUCACUAAGGUCAAAAAGGAAAGUGGAAAUAAUGUUACGAUACUCACAAAAGUUAACAUGCAGUCUAAUGCAGCAACUAUGGAAAAAACAGAGCUGAGCAGACAUCAUUUGAUCCCUCUUAUAAUACAGAAAGAUGAGUCACCUCAUAAUGUGACAGUUGAUUUCAACAGUGCUUCACAUGUUGACACAAAUAUGGGCAAAAGACAACCAGCUGAAACCAUAUUCAUUGCACCACAAAUGACAUAUCAACACGGAGUGGAAAUAGCACAUGAAGAACCAGAAACAAAUGACGAUCUAACUACAGUGCAUCCAACAAUACCAGAUUACCAAACUGAAGAUCAAGUCCAUGGAAAGGCUAAACUUUAUGAAGACAUUCCACAGGGGAUGAACUGACUCAAUUAAUAACCCAUCACAUACUAAACAUUCUAACACGUGAUGCAGAAGAGAAAUAAUCUGACAUUUUAUA